ACAACAUCUUCAUUGCGUUCGCAUUGUACUCUCUUCAGCUCCAAAAAUAUGGUAAGAUAUUAAAAAUGGAUUUUUUAGUUUUUGUUAUUUUUAUUUCUCUGUGCUACUGUUACUUAUGCUUUUCUAGGAUCGUUCUGUUUACAUCCAUGGAAUGAAAUUCCCGAAAAGACUUUUCGUUGGUGGUUUGGCGAAAAAUAUAACAGCAAAAGAAUUAGCUCAGUAUUUCCAACGAUAUGGAACAGUUGUUGAAGCGAAAAUAAUUCUUAACAAAUUUGGGGCUUCAAAGGGAUAUGGUUUUGUCUCCUUCGCCGGGCAAUGCGAUGUCAGCAAUGUAUUGAAACAUGGACAGCUCUUUUUGAAUGGCCAAAAAUUAAAUCUAGGGCCGGCCGUAAGAAAACAGGUGCCAGAUGUGCAAGGGGAACCCGUGCUUAUCUACAGUCCUGCGCGAUCUGGAAAAAGUUUGGGAGAGAAGUCGCCACCACAUUUACAUUAUAACUGUAAUUUUACCCCGCAGCCUUACCCGCAACUUGUGUGUUUCUGCAAUUGAUUUGUGAUGAAAGUAAAUUAUUAAAAGAAAAGCGAGUGUAAAAGUUUAGCACAGGCGUGAUUUUCGGAACAUAUUUCUGUGUUUAAAGUAUUCGACUUCUCCUUCGAUGAUUGGUUAUUUUUUUAUAUCUGAUAAUUUUUUUUAUUUCUUUUAUAUUUUUUACGAUUCCAUGUAUAUUUAAAAUGUUUCCGCUUUUGUAUAAGUUUUGUCUUUGUAAAUUUGGUACGCUUUUUUAUAUUUUGUGUAUUGCUCCUUUUUUUCUCCAUGCAAGAAUAUUCUCUUUUUGUACACGAUGGUUUUUACUUCUCGGAAUAAAAAAUCCCUUGGGAAUUUCACGUUUGGGUGGUUUGAAAUAUUGCGGGAUAUAUCAGCAGACUCGAUCUCAAGUUGAAAUUAGCAUUGAGUUGAUUCAGUCACGCGGGGGGGGGGGGAGGGGGGUUAUAUUCUUGCUAGAUAUUGUGUUUAUCAAAUUUUAAGAUAGCAUUUUUCUCAGUUUCAAUUUAUAAGUACUUUUUUUAAAAAGGUUGGGUAUGUUCUUCUUGAACAGUUAAUUGGUGGCUCAAAAAGAAGAAGCUAGGGUCAGUUUACGGACGAGUUUUCAGUUUACAAAAUAGAAUAAUAAUUGUGAAUUUUUUUGAAAACAAAACGUGGCAGAAUAAUUUGCAGUAUUUAUUGUUGUUUACUUUUUAUUUUGACAUCAUCUUUAUAA